CUAUUGCCUGGGCAAAACUUCGAUCCAGCUCUGGACACUCUCGGAGGAAGGCUGAUGGCUCAACCUGAUUUGCUUGGACAGCAAAGUUUGCUGUUCAUUGAGGCAGUGCACGUCUAUCCGGUAUGCCGACGCGAAGCAAUAAAGGAACUGGACGUCAAGGAUACCAGGGUUGGGUUGCCCAUUCAGUAUUCCUAG